AUGGAUAUUGGGUCAUUUCAUGUUGAUCCUUGGUUUUUAAUUGGUGAUUUUAAUGAAUUAGUGGGUAAUCAUGAAAAGCAAGGUGGUGCUUUGCGCUCAGCUUCAUCCUUUAUAACUUUUACUUCAAUGCUUCGCCAUUGUGGACUGCUUGAAUUUCCAUGCUAUGGUGAACAACUUUCUUGGCGAGGGAAUCGAUGCAAUAAUCAGGUGGUUCGCUGUCGUUUGGACCGCGCAUUGGGAAAUGAGGAUUGGCAUAGUUUUUACCCUAAUUCGAGGGUAGAUUAUCCAGAGAUGAUUGGUUCUGACCAUUGUCCAAUUUUAGCAACUUGUCUGACGAGAGUGGGGAGACGACUCCGUCAGUUCCGGUUUGACAAACGCUGGUUGGGUAAGGAGGGUAUUGGUGAUGCAUUUGAGUCAGGGUGGAAUCGUACAAACAAUUUUCGGGUUCCGGGUUUUGUGGAUAAAAUAAGGAAUUGUAGGAAUUCAAUAUCUUGGUGGCGGAAAAAUAAUGUAAGUUCCGGUCCUUCGCUUAUCUCUUCAAUGAAGGCAGCUUUACAGGAGGCGAAGAUGGAUGAUUCGAUUUCCCAGGAAGAGAUUCGGGAGAUUGAAAGGAAAUUAAAGGAGGCGUAUCGGGAUGAGGAAAUUUAUUGGCAACAGAAAAACAGAAAAUUCUGGUUGCGGGUUGGGGACAAAAACACUAAUUAUUUCCACGCCUCUACUAAACAGAGGAGGGUGCGGAAUAGGAUAGUGGGUUUAUUUGAUACGGAUAAUGUUUGGAAUGAAUCACCCAAAGGCAUGGAGCAUAUUGCUACAAAAUACUUCGAGGAUCUUUUCAAGCAUUCGGAUAGUAGGGGUAUUUCUGAGGUGCUGCAGGAAAUUACUCCAAUCAUUACGGACAGUAUGAACAGGGACCUAACUAGGGGCAUUUCUGAAGCGGAAGUCCGUAAGGCGUUGUUUGCCAUGCAUCCGGAGAAAACUCCAGGUCCGGACGGAAUGACAGCCUUGUUUUUCCAACGGUUCUGGUAUUCUUUGAAAGGGGAUUUGGUGGCUCUAAUUAGAGAGUUCUUUCGAACAGGUGGUUUUGAUCCUCGAUUAAAUGAGACAAAUAUUUGUCUCAUUCCUAAAGUAGAUAGGUCACAGCGUAUGGCAGAGUUUCGGCCCAUCAAUCUCUGUAAUGUGAGUUACAAAAUAAUUUCUAAAGUAUUGUGUUUUCGACUUAAACGCUUCUUGCCUCUUCUGGUUUCGGAGACCCAAUCGGCCUUUGUUUCUGGUCGUUUAAUUACAGAUAAUAUUCUGGUGGCGCAAGAGAUGUUUCAUGGGCUCAACACUAACCGUCGCUGUAAUUCGGAGUUUCUGGCUUUCAAAACGGAUAUGAGUAAGGCCUAUGAUCGAGUCGAAUGGGAUUUUUUGGAAGCGGCAGAACGAGAGAAGCGAUUAACGGAUAUUAAAAUCGCUUCUGGUAGUCCUACAGUUUCGCACUUAUUGUUUGCCGAUGAUAGUUUGUUCUUCUGUAAGGCAGAAGCAACGGAAUGCCAGACGGUCAUGGAAAUUAUCAGUAAUUAUGGCAAAGCCUCAGGGCAGGAGGUUAAUCUAGACAAAUCUUCAAUAAUGUUUGGCAAGAAGGUUCCUCCUAAGAAAAGGGAUCUUUUGAAGUCGGUUAUUGGUAUUUCUAAAGAGGGCAGUAUGGGCUCUUAUUUGGGUAUUCCUGAAAGUCUCCAAGGUUCGAAAACGAGGGUUUUUGGCAAUGUUAAGGAUAGGAUGGAUGAUUGA